UUGAAUGGUACCAAAACAAAUCAAGCCCUGCUGUACCAAACCUACUUCUCCUACUUCUGAAGAAGAAGCAAUACUGUAAAUUCGUGUUAAACGCGAUGAUGUUUGUUGUGAUUUCAGUGAUAAAAAUAUUGAUAAGAAACUGAUAUUAAUGUUUAUCAACAGAAUUUGUGUAAAUAAAUAUAAUCACAAUAGACGCUGAUAAGAAAAAUAAUUACCAGGGAUCGGGAAGAAAAAUGAACUAUAAACAUUCCCUGAUACUUCUAGUCAUAGUUUACCACGUUAACACCCAGGAAAUAAGCGUCCUCGAUAAUCCUUACACCCGUUACGAUGGUGUAGGAUCAUCUACGACUAAUAGAUACGGAGACAUAAAUCCAUACACCCAGGAUCCUUACGGGUCGAAUAAUAACAAGGAUAAUUCAGAUCCUUAUGGAAAUCGAGGACAAAGCGACGUUUAUGGUGGAAGGAGUGGAGAAAACAACCCCUACGGGGGAGGAAAUUGGAGGAACAAUGCAUUUGAUUCAGGAAGAAGACCUUUCGAUGCUCACACUACGCUAAUCCAGGAAGCGACGUACUUUAUAGUUGCUUCUAAAAUGGUCAGACCGGGUCAAUUAUAUAGAGUGUCCGUUACAGUACUAAAGGAAACUCAACCUUUGACCGUUAGGGCUUCUAUUCAAAGGAACGGAGUAGAAAUGUCUUCAGAUCAUAAGAAAGUGAAGGAGGGUAUUCCAGAAACUCUUUUAAUGAGGGUACCGACAACGAGCGCCCAAGGUGAAUAUAAGUUGAGGGUCGAGGGAUUGUAUGAUAACGUUUUGGGUGGUGCUCAGUUUAUCAACGAGACGAUUUUGACGUUUUCCCAACGCUCCAUGACAAUUUUUAUACAGUUAGACAAACCGGUUUAUAUGCAGGGAGAAACUGUACAUUUUCGUUCGAUACCCAUAAAUACUGAAUUGAAGGCAUUCGACGAUGCCCUGGACGUCUAUAUGCUAGAUCCCAACGGUUACAUAAUGAAAAGAUGGUUAUCUAGACAAUCGAAUUUAGGUACGGUCAGUUUGAACUACCAAUUAUCAGACCAACCGGUAUACGGAGAAUGGAAAAUUCGAGUCAUAGCCCAAGGACAAGUAGAAGAAUCGACAUUCCUGGUAGAAGAAUACUACCAAACUAGAUUUGAGGUGAACGUAACUAUGCCCGGUUUCUUCCUAAACACCGAACCGUACAUCCACGGUAUAGUCAUGGCGAAUUACACCAGCGGGGCACCGGUAAACGGUAAUCUAACCUUAAAAGCGACGGUUAGAUACAUAAAACCAGUAGAACCCAACCAAAGGGGCACAACCAACCAAAACCAGUACCAGUACGACCCAAACAAACCGUAUGACAUCAAUAAUCAACCUUAUGAACCAAUAUAUGAUAAUUAUUACAAAAAUCGACCCAUAGUGGAGAAAUAUUUCACUUUCAAAGAAGAACUACCAUUCUGGAUCAAAAAUACUGUUAAUUACUAUGAACCAGUACCGACAUUAAAAACCUUCAGGGGUGUGUACGAGUUCCACUACCCUAUAAGUGAUUUAAUGUCAUACGUAAAUACCUUGGACGGUAUAGAAAUCCUCAUAACCGCCACAGUGGGGGAUAGAUUCCUGGAUGAAGUUAUUGAAGGGUACUCGACCGCGAGGAUAUUCAAUUCCAGUAUAAAAUUAUCGUUUUUGGGAGGAUCUCCGCAAGUUUUUAAACCUGGUAUGCCCAUAACUGCCUACCUGGUGGCUUCCCAUUAUGACGGAUCCCCUUUGAGUGAGGAAGUGUUGAGUAAUAGUGUAGUGGAGGUGAUGGGGAGUGUCGAUGUGCGCGGGGGGGCUAGGAGGGACGUCCCCCUACGUAAUUUGUAUCAAUCUGAUAGUGAUCCAGGUGUGUGGGUGUACAAAAUGGAUCUUAAGAGGGAGUUGGGUGUAAGCGGACCGAAGGCAUACGAGGAACUCAGUCAGUUAAGCGCUGUAAGAAUUCAAGCUACGUUCAAAAACGGUUACACAGGUGACAGGGCCAAUGCGGAAUUACUCUUACUAGCCCAUUACAGCCAUAACGACCAACACAUCAAAGUUAUAACCAGCACGAUCGAUCCGAGAGUCGGGGAGUACAUAAUAUUCCACAUAAGGAGCAACUAUUACAUCGAAAAGUACAGCUACCUCAUAAUAUCCAAAGGAAUCGUCCUGGUAACUGGAGACCAAGACAUGGGCGACUACGUCAGUACCAUGGCGCUAGCUUUGAGCGCCGAAAUGGCACCCGUAGCCACCAUAGUCGUAUGGCACGUCGGCCAUAACGGCGAUCUAACCGUAGACAGUUUAACCUUCCCAGUAAACGGAAUAAGCAGAAAUAAGUUCAAAGUUUUCAUCAACAACAAAAAAGCCAGGACGGGACAUAAAGUAGAAGUGGCCAUAUACGGAGAACCAGGCUCCUACGUAGGACUAUCCGGCAUAGACAAAGCGUUUUAUACCAUGCAAGCCGGAAACGAACUCACCUACGCCAAAGUCAUAUCCAAAAUGUCGACCUUCGACGAACAAACCAACGGUACCCACAAACACAACUGGUUCUCCCAUGAAGGUUAUCCCGACGAGAUGAUCAACUUCCCGAGCGGCACCUUCGGAAUCGACGCCAAUAGGACAUUCGAGUUCGCGGGCUUGGUGGUAUUCAGCGAUUUCGCUUUACCGAGACGACCGAGCUACUGCAACGCCACCCAGGGAUACGGGGAAUGCUUGAACGGACAGUGUUACCGUUUGGCGAAGAGAUGCGACUUUUACAGGGAUUGCGAAGACGGUACCGACGAAUCCGGUUGCCGGUACGACAACGGUACCGAAUUGCAAACGUUCAGGAAAUUCCGUUUCAAUAGGGUGCAGCGCCAAUACGAGAACGUUUGGGUAUGGAAGGACGUUAAUAUCGGUCCUCACGGUAGAUAUAUCUUCAAUGUACCGGUACCGGUGCGACCGGUACAUUGGAUGGUGUCCGCCUUCUCCAUGAGCCCUUCCUUGGGCUUCGGAAUGAUUCAGAAACCUAUCGAGUACGUGGGGGUGUUGCCGUUCUUCAUAAACGUCGAAAUGCCCAAUACUUGUAUGCAGGGUGAGCAGGUCGGGGCGAGGGUAACUGUUUUUAAUUAUAUGACGGAAGAUUUGGAGGCUACGGUCGUUUUGAACGGUUCCCCCGAUUAUAAAUUCGUUCACGUCGAAGAGAACGGUAUAGUUAGGGCUUAUAAUCCGAGGACGUCCUUUGGGGAGCAUCAAUUUUUCAUAUUUAUAAAGGCCCAAGACGCCGUCGUCGUUUACAUACCGAUAGUACCGACUAGAUUAGGCGAUAUUUACGUCACCAUUCACGCUUCCGCCCUAAUAGGCAAGGACCAGAUCACGAGGAAGCUUCACGUCGAAUCGGACGGUUUACCGCAGUACCGCCACCAGUCGAUGUUGCUCGAUUUGAGUAACAGGGCGUACGCCUUCCAAUACAUGCACGUCAAUAUAACAGAAACGCCCAUAAUUCCGUACGAGUACGACAGGUACUACGUGUACGGCUCGAAUAAGGCGAGGAUUUCGGUUGUGGGGGACGUGGUGGGGGCGGUGUUUCCUACUAUGCCCGUAAAUGCUACUUCGUUGUUAAAUUUGCCGAUGGAUUGCGGCGAACAAAACAUCUUUUCAUUCGCCGUCAACAUGUACACCCUCCUAUACAUGAGAUACACCCAAAUAAGAAACAGAACCCUAACCCGCGACGCUUUCCACUACAUGAACAUCGGCUACCAACGCCAAUUAUCCUUCAUGAAACCCGACGGUUCGUUCAGCACCUUCAGAAGCGAUUGGAACCAAUCGGUAUCGUCUGUGUGGUUAACGGCCUACUGCGCUCGGAUAUUCCAAGAAGCCAGUUUCUACGAAUGGGAAAACUACAUCUACAUCGACCCAAUGGUGAUAUCGAAAUCCGUCGAAUGGCUACUAUCCCACCAAAGCGAAUCCGGAGCUUUCUGGGAAGAAGACUGGCUACCGGAUAGAAAAUACAAUUCGACGUUGAACAACGACCAAGAUCCCAUCAGAUACAGAAACAUCACGUUGACAGCCCACGUGUUAAUCACUUUGGAAGCCGUUAAGGACCUAACAAGUCAUCUGAGUUCGAAAGUGGCCAUAGCGGCGAGGAAAGCGAUCCAUUGGUUGGACAGGAACAUGGAGUUGAUACAGAAACGAGGAAACGCCUUCGAAGUGGCUAUCGUAGCUUACGCCUUGAUGAAGAACAAAGCCGCCAACGCGGAAACCGCCUUCAUCGAAUUAUCCAGCAGGAGGAUAUCCGAAGGGGGGUUGCUGUAUUGGGCUAGGAAACCGGUGCCGCAACCGCCUUACAAAAUCGAAAACCAGAAACCGUUCCUUCUACCCCGCCUGCCGUACGAAUACGAUUCGGAAAAUAUCGAAGCCACCGCCUACGGUUUGAUGGUGUACGUCGCCAGGAACGAGCAGGAAGUCCUCGUCGACAACAUCGUCAGGUGGUUGAACACCCAGAGGUUAACGGACGGCGGUUGGGCCUCCACCAUGGAUACCGCCAACGCCAUGAAGGCUCUCAUCGAAUAUACAUCGGCGCAACGUAUCAGGGAUAUUUCCAGUUUGUCGGUUACCGUCGAAGCUACCGCUCUACCGGGCGAGACCAAAGUUUUGUACGUUAACGAUUUGAAUUGGUCGAAUUUGCAAUUUAUCGAUAUACCGAACGCUUGGGGUACGGUCAAAGUCCAGGCCAAAGGUACCGGUUACGCGAUAUUGCAGAUGUCGGUGCAGUACAACGUCGAUAUCGGGAGGUUCCAAACCAAACCGCCCGUUAGGGCUUUCGAUCUUCGUACCAAGCAGUAUUUUUACGGAAGGAAUCAGUCGCACAUUACGUUUUUCAGUUGUCAGAGAUGGAACAAUAUGAACGAAUCGGAAAGAUCCGGUAUGGCCGUAUUGGACGUAACCGUUCCGACUGGAUACAUCGUUCAACAACAAGAUCUAGACGCCUACGUUCUAUCGUCCAGAGUGAAAAAUUUGCAGAGGGCCAGAUUCUUCGAAAGAAAAGUCAUUUUCUACUUUGAUUACCUCGAUAACCAAGAAACGUGCGUAAACUUUACAGUAGAAAGAUGGCAUCCGGUGGCGAACAUGUCGAGAUAUUUACCCAUAAGGGUGUACGAUUAUUACGCCCCCGAACGUUUCAACGAAACAAUCUUCGACGCUCUAUCUUCUUACGUCUUGGACAUUUGCCAAGUUUGCGGCAGCAGUCAAUGUCCUUAUUGCGAAAUAUACAAUUCGGCGGAAUUCGUCCGAAUUUCGCGAUUUUUCAUAACAUUCACAGUAUUAAUGACAAUAACGAAUCUCUUUGUUUGAAAUUUUCCUUUUUUUUGUAAAAUUGUAAAUAGUUUUCACGAAAUUUUAGUGCCUACCCAAAAAAAAAUCAUAUCAUACCUAAAAUACAUUUUUUCUAGUACAAAUCCAUCGGCAGCAUUUUAAAUUUGUUCGUA